AACGGUUCUCUCGUCGCCACGGUGACUGCCACCGACCUUGACGAGGGCACCAACAAGGAAAUCACCUAUUCUCUAACUCAAAACCCGGCAGCCAUUCUUCAGACCUUUCAGAUUGAUGCCCACACUGGAGAGAUUCGACUCCGUGGGCCCCUGGAUUUCGAAGCCAUUGAAACAUACGACAUUGACAUUCAGGCGACGGAUGGAGGAGGACUCUCUGCCCACAGCAAAGUCCUGGUGGAAGUAGUGGAUGUGAACGAUAACCCCCCGGAAGUGAUGGUCUCCUCGGUGUCCAGCCCCCUCCCUGAGGACUCCCAGCCCCAGACCGUCGUGGCCCUUUUCACUGUCCGAGACCGUGACGUGCGAGUGGGCGGGAAAAUCAGCUGCUUCCUCCGAGGAGAUCUCCCCUUUUCCGUCAAAGCGACAUUCAGAAAUUCCUACGCUCUGGUCACUGACAAAAGCUUGGACCGGGAGGAGGUUUCGGGCUAUAAUAUCACCCUUGUGGCCACGGAUACUGGACCACCGAAUCUGUCCACGGAGACUGUGAUCGAGGUGCUAAUAUCUGACAUCAAUGACAAUCCACCAGUGUUUCAGGAAGACUCCUACAUCUUGACGGUUCGGGAAAACAACAGCCCUGCGGUGUUUAUUGGCAAAGUACACGCUGAAGAUCUAGAUUUGGGUGAGAAUGCCCAAGUAACAUAUUCUCUGCUGCCUCCAAAAAGUGGCGAUCUGUCCGUCUUCGCUUACAUCUCCAUUAAUUCAGACAACGGGAAGCUUUAUGCACUGAGAACCAUGGACUAUGAGGCCAUCCAAGAUUUUCAAUUUGUAGUGAAGGCAAUUGACGGGGGCUUCCUGUCACUAAGUAGCCAAGUGACUGUCAGAGUGGUUGUUCUGGAUGACAAUGACAAUCGUCCAAUGAUUUUGUAUCCGCUGCAGAAUGGCACCUUGCCAUGCAAUGACCUAGUACCCAGAUCGGCAGAAGCAAGCUACCUAGUGACCAAGGUGGUAGCUGUAGAUGGUGACUCGGGUCAGAAUUCUUGGCUCUCAUACCAUCUACUUAAAGCUACUGACCUUGGAUUAUUCUCUGUUCAGCGGCAAAAUGGGGAAAUCCGUACGUUGCGGCAGAUAACUGAGCGAGACCCCAUGAUGCAGAAACUCACCAUUCUUGUUCAAGAUCAUGGCCAACCAUCUCUCUCCACUACCGCUUCCCUCAACAUCCUGCUGGUGGAUGGCUUUUCAGAGCCCUACUUGCAGUUCCGGGAUCCAUCUAAGCACCCUAAAAAAGUGAAUCCAUCCACCAAAUAUUUAGUCAUUUCUCUGGCUGUGCUUUCUUUUAUCUUUCUCUUCUCUGUUACAGUGAUCUUCAUUAUACAUAUCUAUCAGAAGAUUAAAUACAAAGAAAAGUUUACAGUUCAAGAGCAUUUCUAUGAUGACUGUAAUUUCCCUAACAACCUGGUACAUGUGAGAGGCAAUGGAUCCUUAUCUCAGCCUUGUUCUUAUGAAAUGUGCUCAGCCACUGGCACUGGUAACAGUGAGUUCCGGUUUCUGAAGCGCUUUAUGCCCAAUUUCCCCUUCCCACAGGGCAGUGGAGAAAUAAAAAGAGAAGCUGAUGCCAGUUUACCUCCAGAUUCUGAUAGGAACAGCUCUCGGGGCAUAGAAGGCCAUGCCCGGAUAGCUGAAGACUAUAUGUAGCCCAUACA